AUGGGCUGGAACUCAUGGAACCACUUCGGGUGCUCCAUCGACUGCGACCGGCAACCGUUCAAUUGCAUCUCCCAGGCCCUCCUCAUCCAAAUGGCCGACGCCAUGGUCCUCGCCGGCAUGAAGUACGCGUUAUUCCCCCGUUUCCCCUUGGGGAUCAAGUACGUGGCGGACUACAUCCACAAGAGAGGUCUCAAGUUCGGCAUCUACCAAGACUGCGGCAAGCAGACUUGCGAAGGCUUCCCCGGCAGCUUCGGGUACGAGGCGCUGGACGUGAAGACCUUCGCCGAGUGGGGCGUGGACCUGCUGAAGCUCGACGGGUGCUACUUCCCGGUGGACCAGAUGGAGGCCAAGUACACCCAAUGGUCCCAGCUCCUCGGCAACGCCUCCAGGCCAAUGGUCUUCAGCUGCAGCUGGCCAACCUACGCCGACCUGAAGAACAUGUCGGUGCCCUGGGCCAAGGUGGCCUCCGUUUGCAAUCUGUGGCGCGAGUGGAUCGACAUCCGUGACGAGUGGGCCACCAUCCUCAAAAUCGUCGACUACCAGGAAGAGAUGAAGCUUGCGCAGUGGGCUCGCCCCGGUGCCUGGAAUGACCCGGAUAUGCUGGAGGUGGGGAACGGUGGAAUGACCUACGACGAGUACAAGUCCCAUUUCUCGCUGUGGGCCAUGAUGGCGGCGCCGCUCAUCGCCGGCAACGACAUCCGCACGAUGUCCCACGAGACGCGCACCAUACUCACCGCGCGCGAGGUGAUCGCCGUCAACCAGGACCCCUUGGGCCGCCAGGGUGGAAGGUUGAGAGCGCAGAGCGGGCUGGAGGUGUGGACGAGGAGGCUGCACGACAACUCCCAGGCGGUGCUCUUGUGGAACAGGAACACGAGCCGGACCAACAUCACCGUGACCUGGGCCGAGAUGGGACUGGCUUCACGUACGCAGAGGGUGCGGAACCUGUGGACCGAGUCGGACGAGGGCACGUUCGUCAAUGCCUUCACUGCGCCGGUGGAACCACACGGAGUGGUAAUGGUCAAAGUCUCACCCACCUGA